CACCGCCAUUUUUACACUAGAAGAACAUAAAUCUUAAUACUACACACACGUCGAACAAGUCCUAUUACAAUGAAAGCUAUAAUUUGGCUGCUACAAGUAAUAUUAGUGAGCUCCGUCGCUGGAUAUCAAGAUAUAUUUUCACGGAGCGUCGACUCGUGUAACUUAUUCCGCGAUGUGACACAAGAAUACCGCAUAUCUGUUUACGAGUUCACCGCUCAGGCAUACAAGGACAUCGGGCCUCGGAGUUCGUACCAUUUCACAUUCUCCCCUCUGUCCGUUUGGAUAAUUCUCGCCGCAUUGGCUGAGGGUGCCGACUCUUACACGCAACAACAGCUGUUUUGGUUCCUAAGACUCCCAAACGACCCCUGUGAGCGACUGAACUACUAUCAAUUAGCUACAAGUCGAUACCUCGCCAGUAGUUACGUAAAUGUCGUCUCAACGCGUUCGAUGCUUUUCGAUAGUAAUGUGGCGUUGAAUCCUGACUGGUAUAACUUUGUCGCGAAUAACCGUCUCAUCGAUUUAUCGUCGGUGCCAUUACGGGAGGAUCCCCAGGGAGCGCUUAACGCUAUUAGCCUUUCUCCAGUCAGUUUGACGGGUCUCGACUUGAGUGGCAACUCUGUUAUCGUCGAUACGAUGGACUAUGAUGGUUUGUGGAGCACAGCCUUCUCAGACGCGACGGUCCAACGUUCACCAUUCUAUAACAUGGCUGGCAAGCAAAUUGGUGAAGUUGAUUUGAUGAGAGUGACGAAGCGCGCGAAAACAGGCUUCGUUGAAAGUAUCAACGCGAAAUUUUUGGACCUUCCUAUAGGAUUAAAUGGUCGCUAUCGAAUGUUAUUUGCUUUGCUUAAAGAAAACAGUGAUGUCGAAGCUAUUCUCAAAAAAGUUAAGAACACGUUAAUUAUUGAAUACUUGGCGUCUGCACGUGAGAGCUUUGUCCCAGUGGAAAUCGCUAUUCCGAGGUUUUCGAUGACUACUCAAGUUAAUGUUCGAGUAAUACUAGAGAAAUUGGGAAUAUCUGGAUUCUGGACAAAUCCAAAUAGUACCAGGCACAUAUCCACACCACCGGCGUUACCCACCAGUUUCGUGCAGCGUUCCACCAUAACCCUGGACAACCAAGGCGUCCGACCAGCCCCAGCAACCACAGACUCAUUGGUUAACGUAACCACGAACAUUGACCCCGUUGUAGGAAGGGAGUUCGUGGCUAACCGACCGUUUUUGUUUGGACUCUUUGAUGCCGAAACUUAUACGUGUUUGAUGUCUUCCAUUUAUAGUCAGCCUACUUAUACGCAUGAUUAUGAUGAAGUAGCCUAUACUAUAAUAAAUUCGCUCUUUUUCCUAUAUAAGACCCAAAAAGAUUUGCAAGCGGCAGUUGAUUUCGAACUUUACAAAAUGAGGACGAGUGUCUUUUGUUUUGUUGUGGCCUUCGCUUUACAAUAUGUUUUGGCGGCAAAACGAGGCAUAGUCACUAUCUACGGGUCUUUGGACUCCUUGCGCAUAGACUCGGGACCAUGUCCUGAAUACGAGAACGUCUUCGAAGGAUAUCAAGAUGCCAUUCACAAUUUCACGAUAGAAGUGUACAAACACGUGGCUCCACUCGGCACCUACCAGUUCGUUGUCUCUUCUCACUCAAUGUGGAUGACGUUGGCAGCUAUCGCCGAAGGAGCAGAUCACGAAACCCAACAGCAACUGUUCAAAACUCUGCUGCUACCAGAUAACCCUUGCAUUCGCCAAAGUUACUACCAGCUAGCAGCUAGUCGAUUCUCGUUAGCCCCUGAUGUGUCCGUUGUCAGCACAAGAGCUCUGGUCAUCGAUGAAGGAGUCACACCUAAUCCCCUCUGGCACAGUUUUGUCACGAAAAAUUCUCUACUGGACGUCAUUACGGCACCUAUUAAGUUCAACCCACCAGUGGCUGCAAAUGUGAUCAGACAAGUCGUAUACGCCAACUUUCCGAGACUAAACCUGCGAGGCAACUCAGUCUUACUUGAUACGAUGGAUUACAAUGGCUUGUGGAACACAGCAUUCGCUGAUGCGGUAGUGAAACGAGCGCCCUUCCACAAUAUAGCUGGUCAACGCAUUGGUUCCGUAGAUAUGAUGACCGUGAAACGCCGAGCUAAAGUAGGAUACGUACCGAAAUUACAAUCUAAAAUGUUGGAACUACCAAUAGGGACAAACAACCAGUAUAGUAUAAUUAUAGCUCUGGUUGUGGGGAAUAAUGAUUUGAGACCGAUUGUCAGAGAGAUGAAAAGCUCCAUUAUAAAAGAAGUGUUGGGAACAUUACAAGAAAGUCGAGUACCAAUAGAUGUAACUUUACCGCAGUUCACGAUAAACUCAGAAUUGGAUGCAAGGACCAUCUUAGAAGAUUUCGGAAUUAAGAACCUAUGGACGGAUCCUGAAGCGACCAGGUACAUAUCAACGCCACCCGCUUUACCCAGCAGCUACGUCCAACGUUCCACUUUAACUCUCAACAAGGAUGGAGUGAAUCUACCAGCGGUCGUUGAACUCAGGUCUUUUGGACACCCUUCGAGCCCGGAAGACCAAUUCUUAAGCGAAUUCAUAGCUGACAGACCUUUUAUGUUCGGUCUUUUUGAUACAGAAACAUACUCUUGUCUUAUGGCUACAAUGUAUACUAAACCGACCUAUCCUAAUUAGAGUCAGUCAAAAUUAAGUUAUUAAAUCCUUCUUUAUAAUUGGAUGUGCAAUUCAAGAAGUUUUUAUGUUGAUUGCUGGAAAAAUAAAACUUAAAACAACCUGUUAAGUGAUUUAUGAUGUAAAAAAGAUCAAAAGUGAUUCCAAUGACAUUUCGUUUUUUCCUGAUGUCGAGUUUAUUUAUCAGCUGAUGAAUGGUGAUUGUAAAUCUAGUAUUAGUAACAGCAUUUAAAUUAAGAAUUUAUUUUCGUUCUAAUAAAUCAUGUUUGCCCUCUUCUCUUCAUUUUUACCAAAA